AUGGAGUCAGAGAACCUUGUGCCGAGAGGGCGCGAUGUUCCUACGGGUGACGUGGUGGAUAUCAAACUCGAGCACCGUUCGAUUGCCCCACCGCUCCUCCGCCAAGAGAUCGACAUCUAUGAGGAGUUGAUUGGACAGCCCAGCGUCCCUCGAGCGUUCUGGCAUGGCUACCACUGUGAUUUCCAGGCGGUGGUGUCUGAACUUCUAGGACCCAAUCUGGAGGAUCUCUUUCGCUACUGUGACAACAAAUUCUCACUCAAGACAACAUUGAUGCUGAUGGAUCAACUCCUCCACCGGGUCGAAAGCCUCCACGCGGCAGGAUACCUCCAUCGCGACAUCAAGCCUGAAAACUUCCUCCUAGGUACUGGCAAGCAGGGCAACAUUGUCUACAUGACCGAUUUUGGGCUCUCCGCCUAUCGGAGAGAUUCGCACAGCCAAGUCACGAGUCACAAGCCGGCAACCAGCCCCCGGAUUUCCUUGGUUGGCACCUGCCGCUACGCCAGCAUUAAUGGCCACUUGAACGUCGCUCCAUCACGACGUGACGACUUGGAGUCGCUGGGGCAUAUGGCCUUGUAUUUCUUCAUGGGUCCCUUCCCUGGCAAGCGGACGAUCAAGGUAACCGAACUAUGCCAGGGUCUACCCGCGGAGUUUGCGACCUACAUAAACUACAUUCGUGGACUGAAUGACCAGGACAGGCCAGAUUACAAGUACCUCAGGAGCUUAUUCGGUCGGCUCUUUCGCCACAAAGGUUUCGAGCAUGACAACGUGUUCGAUUGGACGAUUCGAGAGUUUGAAAGGCAGUCAAAUAUGAAUCAGCAACGUCCUGUGCCCUGUCCUAGCGAUUGGGGAGCAAAUGCCGAAGCGAGCCCUUACAGGCAGACGUGA